AUGCUUUAUUUUUUUAUAAUUGCUAUUGCAUUAGUAAAGAACGCUAAGAUAGAUGUCAAUCUAACUAUAGGCUUAGAUUUUUAAGACAAUUCUUAUAUGGAAUUUUUUAAUAAUUUUUCUAGUCAUUAUAGUGAAUUUAAAGAGAAUGGAUGUAAGAUCUUUAAUUAUUUGAUCUUAGUAAAUUUGAAUAUCGCCUAACAUUUAUUGCCAUGCUAUAGCUGUAAUACACGUCAUUAAUUUUAAAAAUCUGAAAAAAAUUGUUUAGGAGGAGGGCGAUAUUGCUGUAAUAAUAAUUUAAGUUAUAAAUAGAGUAUUCAGAUUAUGUAUCAGGCUAAAUAAUUUUAAAAGAAUUAUUGUUUUAAUAAUGUGUAUUGGAUGUAUUGCCAUAACAUUAUUUUAAUUAUACAAUUUAUUUUGGAAAACAAUGUAAGAAAUCAACAAUGGUUGAUUGCUCUAAAAAUUAUUUUAAAAAUAAUAAUAUAACAACUGAUCCUAUCGAUGAAUGUGUUAUGAAUAGUUUUAAUUAAUAGGAUGUACAGGAGGACAUUAAAACUAAUAAAAUAUUAGACAAAUACAAGGAUAUGUAAUAUAAUUAAACAUUUUACUCUUUAUACCUGGAUUCUUAAGAUUUAUCUAAAUCUCCAUAUAAUGAAUUUCUUUAAUAAUUAUGUUAGAAAUUUGUAAAUGCGUCAUUAUAAUCUUGUGGAUAAAGUGUAAAUAUAGAAACAUCUUCAAAUUAGAAAGAUAAUAAUAAAACACCUACAAAUUAGAAAGAAAAUAAUAGUUUAGAAUAAGUGUUUUUAUUUAUAUUUGCUUUGAUUAUUUUAAUUCUUAUGGCAUCUGGAGGUUGGACAUUAUUGAAUAAAAUUUAAUUUGGAUCACGUUAAGCUCCUAAAAGUAGAAUAACUAUUCCCAAGUUAGAGGGUGAUCAUAUUAUAUAAGAAGAUGAUAUUUGA